UGUAACUGUAUCACAGUUUAAUCCUUCCACCACUCCCAUGCAAGUGUAGAUCCUCAAUAAACUACCCGCUGGCAGAUCCCUGCCUCUAAGUGGUUUUCCAGAAAACUUGAUGUAAAAUAAACAGUAAUAAGUAAUGACAAUGUUGAAAAUAACAAAAUCAGCUCUAAGUGUUUCUGUAUGUUUACACAUAGGUAACCAUGUUUGCACUGGCUGAAAAGCGGUUGUAAUUCCUCGGCCUCUGAGCACUGCAGCGUGGAGACAAGGGAAAAAGGAGAGGCUGGGAUCAGGGAAGGGAAGUGGGGAUGGAGAUAAGUGGACAAAGUUAGUGGUUGCUGUUUGGCAGGAAUUGAGAGACAGGAAUAGGGUAGAUGACCGCAAGAUAGCGGGGCAGCCUCUAGUAGCAGGUUGGGGUUCAUCAGGCAGCAUGCGGUCUCCAUCCCUGAGAUAGGGGCUGGGACAGGUUUUCCAGCCGUGGCUUCGCUGACGGGGCUGCCCACCGAGUUCCUCCACAUUCCUCCGCACCAAGUCCUGUCGCGAGGGAUCCCCGGGUUGUUUUCGUCCUUUUCGGCGGCUGGACAUUUGCUAAUGAUCCCCUAAAUUUUGCGGUCAUGGUUGCAGAGAGGAAUUACGCCAGAUUCCCUGGGAGGGCGCGAGGCGGAAGCGGAAGUAGCGUCGCUGGCGCUGGCGGCCUGAUGGCCAGGAACGGAAGCGGAAGUGGCGGCGGCGCCGGCCUGGCCUGGCCUGGCUGAGGGGAGGCGGCGGGCGGGUGCGAUGGCGGAGGCCGGGCCACAGGCGCCGCCGCCCCCAGGUACCCCAAGCCGGCACGAGAAGAGCUUGGGACUUCUCACCACCAAGUUCGUGUCGCUUCUGCAGGAGGCUAAGGACGGCGUGCUUGACCUCAAGCUGGCAGCCGACACCCUAGCUGUGCGCCAGAAGCGACGGAUUUACGACAUUACCAACGUGCUAGAAGGUAUCGGGCUGAUUGAGAAAAAAUCCAAGAACAGCAUCCAGUGGAAGGGUGUGGGGCCUGGCUGCAAUACCCGGGAGAUUGCGGACAAGCUGAUUGAGCUCAAGGCAGAGAUCGAGGAGCUGCAGCAGCGGGAGCAAGAACUGGACCAGCACAAGGUGUGGGUGCAGCAGAGCAUCCGGAAUGUCACAGAGGACGUGCAGAACAGCCGUUUGGCCUACGUGACUCAUGAGGACAUCUGCAGAUGCUUUGCUGGAGACACCCUCCUGGCCAUCCGGGCCCCAUCAGGCACCAGCCUGGAGGUGCCCAUCCCAGAGGGCCUCAAUGGUCAGAAGAAGUACCAGAUUCACCUGAAGAGUGUGAGUGGCCCCAUCGAGGUACUGCUGGUGAACAAGGAGGCAUGGAGCUCACCGCCCGUAGCCGUGCCAGUGCCGCCACCUGAGGAUCUGCUCCAGAGCCCCCCUCCUGUCUCUACCCCUCCGCCUCUGCCCAAGCCUGCCCUGGCCCAACCCCAGGAUUCUUCUCGCCCCAGCAGUCCCCAGGUGACCACCCCUGCUCCUGUCUCCAGCAGUACUGAAGCCCAGGUGGUGGCAGCUCCAGCAGCUGAGGUCACAGUGAGUGGUGGCCCUGGAUCUGAUAGCAAGGACAGUGGUGAGCUCAGCUCGCUCCCGAUGGGCCCGACAGUGCUGGACACACGGCCACUGCAGUCCUCUGCCCUGUUGGACAGCAGCAGUUCAUCUGGGCCCAACAACCCUUCUACCUCCUUUGAGCCCGUCAAGGUGGACCCCACAGGUGUUUUGGAACUCCCCAAAGAGCUGUCAGAAAUCUUUGAUCCCACACGAGAGUGCAUGAGUUCGGAGCUGCUGGAGGAGCUGAUGUCCUCAGAAGUGUUUGCCCCCCUCCUCCGCCUUUCUCCGCCCCCUGGAGACCACGAUUACAUCUACAACCUGGACGAGAGUGAAGGUGUCUGUGACCUCUUUGAUGUGCCUGUUCUCAACCUCUGACAGGAACAUGCCCUGUGUGGCUGGGACACAGACUGUCUGACCUGGGGGCUGCCUGGGGACCUCACCCCACCCCACCCCUACACAGCUUGAGAGCCACAGACCCGUGGCUUCCCCAGCCUUCCCUCACUGCACAGUUCUAGCCACACCUCCCACUCCUGCGCCGGCACCUGUACCAUGCUAGGAGAGCAAGGGAUGGGCUCAGCCUCCUACACUGUGGAGCCAAAGUGUUUGCCUCUCCUUUUCUGGGGCCUUCUCUCACCUUAUGCCCUCCCAGAGCCCAGACACAGCUGCCAUCCACUGGCACAGAACUGAGGACCCGCCAUAACCCCAAUAGGGCAGCUUGUCCAGCCCCACUGCCCUGUUCCUGCCUACACCCCCACCCCACCCCAGAGGGAAGCCUGGGGUACAGCAGGACACUUGCUGCAUCUCCCCGCCCAGCCUCCUUCACUUCUCCCCACCCCCUGACCCUAACAGCUCAUCCUGGACCUCUUGUGUGGCCGCCCCCCCCCCCCCCCCCCGCUUCUGAUGGGCCCUUAGCCCUCAGAACCUGUAGGUUGAGAGGGGCUGCCGACAGGAAGGAACAGAGGUCUCUAGCUAGGAAUCUGGGUGGGUGAGUCUGAGGAUUGGCCCAACCUCCUGCUGUCCCAUAGCCCCCACCCCCAACCCAUUUAUUCAUUUACCUUCAUUUAGAGCCAUUUGCAGAGAUUUAGAGAGAUUUGCAGUAACGAAUGAAUUCCUAUAUAAAGAUUAUUUUUAUACUUUUUGCAGCAAAAGGAAAUUGUAAUAUUUGUACAGUGUCCAAGUGAAUAAAAACCAUGCCUAAG